AUGGCGCUCGUCGUCUGCUUCGACUUCGGCACAACGUCUUCCGGGAUUGCCUACCUCGAACACGUGGACAACGCCAACAUCCUGUCUGAGGCAAGGAAUGUCACCGUCAUUGAGCAUUUGCUGGGUUCGCGACAUGUCCCGAAGGUCCCCUCCAAGAUUGCCUACGGUCCCAAUAAGACCAUCAAAUGGGGCUUUGAUGCAGAGACUGAGCUCGGCGUCAUCAGUCUGCUGAAACUGCUCCCCCUUGAGGAAGAGGAUAUCCGCGACUGCCUUCUCAAUUUUGACGAGUACAUUCUCAGCAAGAAACAGAUGGACAAACUCAACAAAGACGCGAUCGAAGUGGUCUCUGAUUACCUCCGCCUUCUCUGGGCCAAAUUUCUGGCAGACUGUGAACGCCACUCCCCUUUUGGUGAUGAACUGGAGAAGAAUUCUCUCAGAAUUGUGUUCACCGUGCCAGCUAUCUGGCCAGAAUACUACCGCGUCCGUCUGCUCGAGGCUGCCCGACGUGCCGGUAUCCUGAACACGCGGCCCGGACUUGCCAAGACCACUUUGGAGUUUGUCACCGAGCCAGAGGCAGCAGUAUACAAGUUGCUUCAUGACAGCAGCAUUCGCAACGGGCUCAACAUCGGCGACACAAUGUUGACCUGCGAUUGUGGUGGUGGCACGAUUGAUGUCAUCACGUACGGAUGUACCAGCACCACCCCUCUUCUCGUCAAGGAGGUCAUUCCAGGAGAUGGUGCUCUCUAUGGUGGCAUCAUUUUAGACCAGAGCUUCUCCGAAGCACUCAAGACCAAGUUGACAGCACUUCAUGGUUUUUCCCGGCCCAGAAUGGAACAGGACAGAGCUGGAUUUCGUGACACCAUGAUAUUCGGCUGGGAGCACGGACUCAAACCCAGCUUCGACGGCAGCAGGUCGGGCACUUUCCGACCAUUCUGGUUGAAUGCACCGCCUCUCUCAUUCAGCAUCGAUGAGCUUGAGGACAUCUAUGACCCAGUUGUGGCAGGCAUCCUCGACGUCGUGAACCGCCAGCUCGAUUGCUUGCGGGCAAGGGGAUUGCCCAAGCCAAGAUUCAUCAUGCUGGCUGGUGGCUUUGGCCUGAGCCUUUAUGUCCGCAACAAGCUGCGCCAGGAGUUUGCCGACAGUCAAGGCAUCCAUAUUUUUCAAGAAGAGAGCGAUUUGUCGUGGUCUACGGUCGCCCGCGGUGGCGCCCUCUUUGGUCUCUCUUCCCAGAGCCUGGUACGCAGCCGCGUCCUCCGUGACGGGUUCGCUCUGGUGCACAGCCCCGAGUGGGAAGAGGAUAUCCAUGACGAAAGAGACUUCAUCGUCGACCCCGUUCGCAAGACAGGGCUCGCUCGUGACCAACUGCUGUGGUUCUUCAAGAAGGGCGAGGAUGUCGACGUCGGCGGUUUCCGCGAGUACAAGUUGAACUUUGUUUGGAGUCGCGCGGACAGAGGCAUCAAGAGAUUCGAGCAGCCGCUUUACACCUCCAGCGCGGCGGUACCCCCGCACAGACUCAAGGACGCCAAAAAGGUCGAUGUCACGUUCGCUGAGCAUGCCAAGAUGGCCUUUGAGACCCCGGUUCCUGUUCAACGCCUCCCCCUUGAGCGCGGACAGCGCAAGCUAAACUACAGCCUCCGGAUUGAGGCCGUCUCUGGCCGUGCUGUCACUUUGACCGCCGUUUGGGACGAGAAUGACCAGGUGAUCGGACGCACCCGGAUGAACAUCAAGGACACUUGAGUUAUUGCAGUCAACAUGCGGGAUCAGUGGCACGGCUGAAAUGGAGGUGGUGUUGCAUCUCAAGGAGCUGACACAACCGCAUCGCGCAUAGGGAUUAGGCGCAUAUCGUGGUUGGCGCGACCAAGCAUGUCAGCCAUAUCGUCUGGGAUUAAAAACUGGCCAUUUCUCAUCGAAUGUGGCACAACAUGAGAUCUCAAAGAGAAAGAUUUGAUGGACAACAAGGGUAGGAUAUCAGUGGACAGGUUUCUGAAUGUCUUCACCGGGAUUUUGGGAGAUG